AUGGUACAAUUUUACGUCAUUCCAUCAAUUUUCAAUCCGCGAAAAACCGGUCUUGGUAAAGUUGACAUUCUUUUGCCGCCAUUUGAACGAAUUAGAAGUAAAUCUAAUGGAAACCACUCUGCCCCAGUGUUGGCCUGGCUUCAGGGAGGACCCAGUGGCUCUUCUCUAUACAGCCUGUUCGAGGAGCACGGCCCGUUUACCAUUGACAAAUACUUGAAGGUGAUUCAACGCAAUGUGACCUGGACAAGGCAUUGUUCUGUAAUUUACAUCGACAACCCAAUGACACCUAUAAAUGACUUGAAGUUGAAGUACUUUGACCAGGUUAUAAACGGGGAUUUGACUCCCUACCUCACUCGUUUCUUCAAUCUGACUGGACGGAGAAAUUAUUUCAAUUACAUGGCCAAUAAAGUUGAAAAACUUAAAGAAUAUUUCAAAGGGAGUCAAAUAUUUUUAGUAAUAGACGAAACCCAACAUUCUUUAAAAAAAUAUGUGAACAUUAUUGCUGGAAAGAUUGACAACCCAACCAAUAUAUAUUUAAUUGACUGUAUUUGUGUUGAGAUUGCUGAUGCAAGUUCAGUUUGUCAAACAAUUGAUGAUUGCUUACGAAAUUACCAAAUUGAAAGAAAAAACUUUGUUUUGUUGUUAACUGAUGCUGCACCGUAUAUGAUGUCAGCCGCAACUAGCAUACGUAUAUUUUAUCCAAAUAUGAUUCAUCUUACUUGUUUCGCCCAUUUACUUCAUAAUUGUGCACUAAAAGUGCGUUCUCACUAUCAAGACAUCGAUUUCUUAAUAUCAUCGAUGAAGAUUGUGACGCUUAAAAAUAAAAGUCGUCAAAAGCUUUUUUCAGAAUUUGGUCUACCUUCAGAUGUUGUUGUCACAAGAUGGGGCAGCUGGCUUAAUGCUGCAACAUAUUAUUCAAAACAUUUGAACAAAAUUUCCUCGUUAUCGAAUAAUGGAAAAAUUGUUCUGAAUGCAAAGAAGGCGAUAGAUUCUGAUUCACUGGAGCGGAACCUAGCAAACAUAUCAUUUUACAACUGUCUAAGCGAAGGAAUAAAGAAAUGUGAAGAUACUUUUUAUACUGUUAAAGAUGCUAUUCAAUAUACACUAAAACCUCUCGAAUCCGCCAAAUUUGGGACCUGGGAAAUUACGGCGGAUUCGAGAGUUUGGCGGAUUCGAGAGACAAAUUUGAAUAUUUUUAUUUGUUAA